GAUUUGUUUGGCCAGAAGGUGAAGGUGCAGGUCGAUGUACGCAGUUGGAGGGAAGCAAAACUGGCGAGCGCCGCAGUCAAACGCCAUUGCACCCGCCGCCGCAGCCGCCGUACGCAUGCGCGGCAUUUUCGCGCGCGGUCUUCACUUACGAUUUUUUUUAAAGUUUGUUUUUUAGUUUUUUUCGUUAAGUUUGCAAAGUGAGUUAGAGUUUGCAAAGUUGUGCGUGUGUGUAGUUUUGAAAAAUGAAAUACAAGAUCAAGGAUGUGGACGCGGAGGCUCCGGCGGCGGCCAAACUGGCUGAGAAACUAGAACGCACAGUACGGUGUUCAUCGGUCCUAAUCGGAGCUCUAGGAGUGUCCCUGAUCACCCUCGCAGUGUAUACUGCCGUGUUAGUGCUGACGGAGCACUGGAGCCCUAGGCCUUGCGUCAGCGAAGACUGCGUAGGGACUGCAUCCCGCGUCAUCGCAGCCCUGAACAAAGACGUGGACCCGUGCACAGACUUCUACGAGUUCGCGUGCGGGGGCUGGAUCAAGAAGAACCCCGUGCCAGAAUGGGCGACGUCCUGGGACCAGCUUGCAAGAUUACGAGAGCGACUAGUGGCAGAUCUGCGGGAACUGCUGGAGAUGGAGGACGACCCUAGCCUGCCACAGAGCGUCCUUAAAGCCAAGGCUUUAUACAGAACUUGCAUUAAUGUCGAUAAACUAGAAGCGGAAGGAAUCAAACCAAUCCAGAAGAUUCUAGAAGAGUUAACCCUCCCGCCGCGUCCGCCGAGCGAAGCCUCCGCUAAUUUCAGCUGGGAGUUUGUAGCGGGGAGGGGGAGGAGGGAGUUGGGUCUGAGUGUGUUGCUGAGCGUGCAGGUGGCUGAGGAUGUGAGGAAUACCAGCAGGAACCGGGUUGUGGUAGAGCAAGUAUCCCCAGGCUUCAGCGAGCGUUACCUCCUGGCCCCUGAGCAGUUCGCGCACGAACUCGAACAGUACCACACAUAUAUCAAGGAGAUGAUCUCGCUAGCGGACCCGCCGACCAACGCCACGGAGUUCGCUGACGAUAUCGUGGCUUUCAGCAAGAGCUUAGCUAAGAUCAUGACGCCAGUGGAGGUCCGGCGGAGCGGCACGCACUUGUUCCAUGAGGUCAGCGUGAAGCAGCUCGUCCAAGGGUCCUCGGGCGGUCCAGCACAGUGGAAGGAUCAUGACUGGGAGAAGUACCUGGAACUGGUAUUCUCCAAUACAAGCGUGGUGUUAGACCAGGACGCAGACCGAGUCAUCGUCAUGGACCUGCCUUACCUGCAGAAACUGGCCGUGCUGCUGACCGAGACCAAACCUGUAAUCAUUGAACGUUUCCUCUGGUGGAGCGUCUUCUCCACCGUUGCUCCGAUGACCCUCAGCGCCUUCCGUGACCUUGGCUUCGAGUUCAGCAAAGCUGUGUUCGGACUGCAGCAGAGAACGCCGAGAUGGAAAAGUUGUACGGCUAAUGUCAAUGCCAACUUUGGAGUAGCGUUGAGCUAUCUAUAUGUGAAGCGGCAUUUUGAUCAGACUUCUAGACAGAAGGCCAUAGAGAUGGUAGAAGACGUGCGCUCCGCGUUCGCCGCGGCCGUGAAGGAGCUGGACUGGAUGGACACCACCACCCGACUGAAGACCCUCAACAAGCUCAGCGCCAUCAGGAACUUCGUAGGCUUCCCUGCCUGGUUGCUCACACACGAGCAACUAGACAAGCACUACAAACAUGCGGAAGUGGUACCGGACAACCUGUUUGAGACCUACUUGAAACUGACGAAAGCUGCCGUCAAGAAAUCCUUGGAAUCCCUCCGGGAGACACCCGACAGAGACAGAUGGGUCGCCACCGCGACAACAGUCAACGCCUUUUAUUCGGCUACCCUCAACUCAGUCACGUUCCCUGCUGGAAUUUUACAGCCGCCUUUCUAUGGGAAUGGAAUCGAGGCUAUCAACUAUGGAUCGAUUGGUGCAAUUAUGGGCCAUGAAGUAACACACGGCUUUGAUGAUCAAGGGCGACGUUACGACGAAAUGGGUAACCUGAAGCAGUGGUGGUCUGCGGCAACCCUGGAGCACUACCAUGGAAGAGUAUCCUGCAUCAUUGACCAGUACAGCAAGUAUCAUCUGCCGCAGCUGCCCAACUAUACGGUGCACGGCUUCAACACGCAAGGCGAGAACAUCGCCGACAACGGCGGACUGCGCGCCGCGCUCCACGCGUACCAGCUCUUCACUAAAAGGGAACCGGCUGCACGAAGAGAUACCCUGCCAGGAUUACCGCAAUAUAAACCUGAGCAGCUGUUCUUCUUAGGGUUCGCACAGAUCUGGUGCGGGAACUCCACAACAGGCGCCCUAAAAUCCAAAAUGGUGGAAGGAGUGCACAGCCCCAACAAGAUCCGAGUAAUAGGGACUUUGAGCAACUCCAAAGAGUUCGCGGACGCGUGGCAGUGUCCGCUCGGGUCGCCCAUGAACCCGGAACACAAGUGCGUGCUGUGGUGAAACUGUGAUGGGGUGCCAAAUGGGAUCAACGGAGCGUGGUUUAGUGAAAAGGAUCCAGGGACCUACGCUUAUGUUUGUUGUUGUUGUUGUUGUCCUAAAGCACCCCAGAGGUGCAAAGGGCCUUCACAAGCUCGCGCCUCUCCUUCCUAUCUUCAGCUCGUCCUCUGGCCUCGCUCCAGCUCAACCCGACCGCUCGUAACUCUCUUUGGACGGACCGUUGCCAAGAGUGUUAUGAGACGCUUAUGUUUAUGAUACAUAAAAUGUUUAUCAUAUCAUAGCUAUCACCCUUCAUUUGAUUUAAUAAUAAUAAUUCAGCCUAUAUACGUCCCACUGCUGGGCACAGGCCUCCUCUCAUGUGCGAGAGGGCUCGGGCUAUAGUCCCCACGCUAGUCCAAUGCGGAUUGGGGACUUAUUUCAUUUGAUUUACCAUUAGUUAAGAUAAGAAGAAUUUAUAAGCACAAAAAGAACAUAAAUCAUUAUACACAAAUUAAUAUUUAAAGGAACAGAAAAUUGUGCUAACACUCAUCACUCAGUUUGAUGUCACGAAGUGAGUCCCUAGGACUACGUGACGCUGAUUUUCAGUGAAAAAUUAUGUGGAACUUGUUUUUCGAUUUUGACUCUUAUAAUAAUCAAGAUAUCGAAAAAAGUCAAACGAAGGGGCAUGCAUAGCUAUGGUUAAUAUACAUUGCGUAAAAAUAUUUUCUACAAUGUACAUAUCCAGGGAGGAAAAUGGGGACUACCUAUGUUUGUAUGGAAAAGAGGUCGUCCACUAUCCUUUUAAAGGUUGACGUCUCUUUUUAUCCCCUGGAUCAAAACCAUAACGAAUUGUAAAAGUGAAGGAUACGGUCAAUAUGGGUAAGUGUGGCUGGCCUUCACAUUGGGGCCUGUUUACACGUCGAUUAGAGUUUAUUGUGAGUUCAUAUAUUGGCUACUUGCUACUAACGCUUAGUGGCAAAUGUAUGAACACUACACACACAACUCGCAAUAAACACAAAUGAAUGUGUAAAGUUUAGUUCCCGAUUCACUGGACGCUUGUUUCGUCGGAUUCCUGUUCCGUCGAAUUCUUGCUUCGUCCGAAAUCAUGCAAUAAAGUCAGCUAGGUAAAGAAAGCGUGUGGUUAUAUUUUAUUUUUGUAUGAAUUAUUAUUUUAUUGUUGUUGCACAAACUACAAUUACCUAGAAAUCGUUUCUAUGAAUAGCCACGAUAUUUCUAUAGUUUUCUUUGAUUUUCUGUAACUGAAACAAGAAUCCGGCGAAAUAAGAAUCUGGCGAAUCGGGAACUAAUUUGUAUAAACAGGGACAAUGUAAAGGCUAGCCGCUCUUAUCCGUAUUGGAUAAGUGCGGCUAGCCAUUAUUUAUAACGCUUACCUUUUGUCGUUUUAUAGAUAAAUGAAAAAGCGACAAUGAACUGGAUCCGUUUACUAAACUUUCGCCGUAUUGACCUUGUCGUUUUAUAGAUAAAUGAAAAAGCGACUGAAUGAACUGGAUCAGUUUACUAAACUUUCGCUUAUAAUUCUUAAGUUACCGGGAAGUUACCGCCUUAAGCUAACACGUAUACCUAAGUUAUGUAGGUUGAAGUCAUUUGUACUUAUUUUAGGCUAUUGUUUUAGUUUUAUUAUGAAAGUGGGUGGGGUACCUAUGGAAUCUUGGCCGAAGUACAUUCACUGACUUUAAUUGUGGUAGGGUUCACUUUACAUUGGACAUUUCAUACCGUUAGUAUUGACAACCAAGUUAGCUUGAACCCUUAAUGGCUUAGCAAUUGAAGUCCGUGACCUAUCUUUUGUAACUCAGGAAUUUGAUACGCCGCGAUAAUUUAGUUUUUACUCGGCGUAUCGGCCAAGACAAACAAAUGUGAAAGUUGCGGGAAGUUUCAAAAAGUUGUAGAAGUUCUUGGAAAUUUCAUAAGAAAUUAAGGAAACUUUUAUUUUGAAUAUAAUUUUUUUUUGAAUCCUAUACAAAAAUAUGCGAAGUUUCCGAAAUGUGUACAUGUGAAAAUUCUGCAAUAAAAAAAAUUUUCGAAGUGACAUCUGUAGACGAGACUAUAUGUGAGAUGUUCUGAGAGAAUGAUUUAAUGUAGGUACACGGUGUUUUUUUAAAGUCCAUUUUUUCGGGGUAUGACUAGGUACAUUUAAGGAAACUGAGUAGUAGAGUUAAUUUAGAAAAAAAUGUAUUUUGGUUUUAUUUUUUCAUACAAAAGUAAUUACAAUAAAUUACUGAUUCUCUCCAAAAUGGAGUGAAUUACAAUACCAGUUUCUUCGAAAAGUUACCUUAUUUAAGCUCAGGAAUGCACCCUUGAAAUUAACGGACUAAAAAAAACACCGUGUAGAAAUUGUAGAAUAUAUGAAUGUGAUAAUGUUUUAUAAGAACCAAUAGUUUUAAGAUUUAGAUUGGCACAAAUUCUAAGGCUGGAAAUAUUUUUAAAAUGAGAUUGUAGUAUGUAUUCGACAUUUUAGGGAUUUUUAAUAAGGAUGAUGAUAUGAUGAUAAUGAUUUGUAAAAGAUUCGAGUCGUGUUAAAAGAUUUUAUACAAAAAAAUACCAAUAUUCAUAGCUUCAGAUUCAAAAUAUGUUACCAAAACAAUAGUGUAGUGUGUAUUUUUGACCUUGAACCCUUUGAACGUCACGCCUAUCGUGCGCGACGCGUCAUCCUGAACCUUGUCACAAUGCACGAAGGUUGGUAUUGGGUUGUAGCCGUGCGGUCAGUUAACAACUUUGGCGCCCAAAGGGUUAUGGAUAUUUGCUGGAUUGCUGGAUGAAUUCGAAUCAAAAAACUUUUAAUUUGACAUGGAUAUAUUGGUCAAAUAGGCCUUAACCAAAUUCAGUAUUAUUAAACAAGUAGUUUAGUGAAGAGUCCAAUUGUUGUGGUUCUUUUUUACUAAACUAAGGUGUAUUGGGAUAACAAUGUAAAACGGGUCAUUUUCAAAAUAACGAAUAUCUACUAAACUGGAAGCCUUUUCCGAUAUAGCAACUAGGGAAUGUAAUAAUCGGUUUCGGUUACGGUUAUGCCCGAAAAAUAACGGAUAUUGGUGAUGGUUAUUUUAGACAAGGAAUGAUAAAUUUACAAUAUAUAAAAAAAAAACGAAAAAAAUGUACAGAAAAAGACAAAGAAAAAAGAAGGGAG